GCAGAGGCUUUUUCUCCUAAUACUUCUCUUUUUCUUUUCCUUGUAAUCUUGUGCGAAAUCUCUAGAUCUUCUCCGUUUCUCAAAUUUUCUUCCCAAAAAAUUACUUUAUGGAUACAUUGUUCUUCGAUUCAAUUAAGAAGUUUGAUUUCUCUGUUUGUUCAAAGCCAGCUUUGCCUUUUGAUUUUGAUUUUCAUCGUCAGAUUUUUAGUCAACCUUGUAUUUGCUUCUAACCUUUGUUACCUGGAGCUGUCACCAUGGGUAGAAGCAAAUGGAAUUGGGAAUUAAAGUGUUUGCUGGUGGAUCUUUUUUUUUUCCUCUUAGGAAGUUCGCAACGUAGGAGUGCUGCAAUGCUGGAUAGCGAUGACACGGAUAGCGUUAGUUCAUCGUCAACUACUCGGUCGGAUAUGAUGUUGUCUGGUUUAGAGGAGGUUCAAUUUGAUAAGGAGACUGUCCUUGAUCAGUGCGUGGACGCCCUUUAUGAGAAAAGGGGCUCAACAAGAGAGAAGGCUUUGGCAUCUAUUAUAGAAGCAUUCAAUAGUAACAUACAGCAUGAAUUUGUUGAAAAGAAGUUUGCCACAUUACUGCAACAAUGUUUGAAUUCCGUUAAACGUGGUUCCUCCAAGGAGAUAGCUUUGGCAUCUCAUGUUAUUGGGCUUCUUGCUUUAACUGCUGGCCCUGGGGACAAAGCACACGAGGUUCUGGAAGAAUCAGUGUCACCUAUCUCAGAGGCUCUUAAAUCUCGGUCUGAUAAUUCUAAAAUAUCCUCGCUACUGGAGUGUUUGGCCAUUAUUACCUUUAUUGGUGGCGAAGAACCGGAGAAAACAGAAAAGUCGAUGCAAUUGAUGUGGCAAGUCAUUCAUCCAAAACUGGGUCCUAAUGUUUCAUCUGCUAAACCUUCACCAGCAAUGAUAACAGCAGUUGUAUCUUCUUGGUCUUUCCUCCUUACUACCAUGGAUGGAUGGACACUUAACCCAAAAAGUUGGCAAGGGUCAAUCUCCUACUUCUCAACUCUUCUAGACAAGGAAGAUCGAUCUGUGCGCAUUGCAGCAGGCGAAGCACUUGCUUUAGUUUUUGAAGUUGGGAGUCUGGAAAAGUUUUCUGGUGAAGCUAAAGGAUCUAGUGACAGCUCCACAGAUGAAGCUAACAAAUCUAGGGAAUUAUUACAUAUACAGGGAUUAAGGGCAAAAGUCCUGAACCAGGUAAGAACCCUUUCGGCAGAAGCUGGAGGUAAAGGAUCAGCCAAGAAGGAUCUUAACAACCAAAGAAACACAUUUCGAGAUAUAUUGGAAUUUCUCGAGGAUGGGUAUAGUCCUGAGGCCUCGACCAAGAUUGGUGGAGAACCGCUUAGCACAAGUACUUGGGCUCAACUUAUACAGUUAAACUUCCUUAAGCACUUCCUUGGAGGAGGAUUUGUGAAGCAUAUGCGGGAAAAUGAGUUUCUUCAUGAUGUAUUUGGUUUCACGCCAAAGAAGAAAUUGCCUGGUGUUGAGCACCGUGUAUCCGGCGCUGAAAAGAGAUUGUUUAAGUCACCAAAUUCAGAAAAAAACAAGGCCCGGACUCAAUUUCUAAACAAGCAAAGGAUGAUAUCCCAGG